AUGGCUUUAAAAACAUCGGACAUUCGAAAUCAGAAAAAAUGUCGCAGCAGGCUUCUUUCUGAAUUUGAUAAGAUGGGUCUCGUUGCGGACUCUGCGCCUGCCAUCCUCACGAGCUCCGUGCCUCACGCUGCGUCUGCCAUCCUCACGAUCUCCGCGCCGGACGCUGCAUCUGCCAUCCUCACGAGCUCCGCGCCGGACGCUGCAUCUGCCAUCCUCACGAGCUCCGCGCCGGACGCUGCGUCUGCCAUCCUCACGAGCUCUGCGCCGGACGCUGCGCCUGCCAUCCUCACGAGCUCCGUGCCUCACGCUGCGUCUGCCAUCUACACUAGCUCCGCGCCGGACGCUGCGUCUGCCACUCUCACGAGCUUCGCGCCGGACGCAGAGUCUGCCAUUCUCACGAGCUUCGCGCCGGACGCUGCAUCUGCCAUUAUCAUCAGCUCCGUGAUGGACGCUGCGUCUACCUUCCUCACGAGCUUCGCGCCGGACGCUGCAUCUUGUAUCCGCACGAGACCAGCUCUGGACGUUGCGUCCGCCAUCCUCACGAGCUCCGCACCAGAUGCUGCGUCUACUGCCUGUAACUCCACGCCGCCAGUCUCCGAGUCAAAUCUCUUAGGAAUAUCACUCCGAGAUGUUCCCAGCAUAUCGUUUGCGACUUCACUUAACAGUAAUGAUUCACCUACAACGAAAUUGUCUAGCGAAAUAUUAAAUAUUGCAAACUCCGAGUCGAACGUCAUUCGAUCUAAUGUUUCCAAGCAACUGUUGAAAGUUCUUCCAGGUACAUCUUCGGGAACCAACGCUAACAAUACUCAAGCAUCGACAUUUCGAAUCACCCGUCCAAGAAAGAAAGACUCUUAUUUAGAUUAUAUGUCAGACGACGAGUUAGCCUUGUUAAAUGCCUUUGGUGAUGCAGGAAGCUCAGAUGAGUGGGAGCCGGAAGGAAAUGGUAAGAAAAGGAAGAAAAUGACUCUUGAAAAGGAAGAAAAUGACUCUUGGUUAUCUAUGAAAAUGGUUCAUUUGCGUGGACACAGUGGAGCAGUCUACCGGCAGCUUCAGAAAGCCAAGCUGGCGUUCGCCGACAGCGUGCUCACCGGCGUCAAGGACACCAUCACAAAUCUAAACAUUGAAGAUCUUAUGAUGCUGUUGUUAUUUAAAUUAUCA